UGUUCGUUCGUUGACAUAUUUUUAUCGGUGAAGAGCGAAGAAGUGAUUCAUUUUAUGAUUUCCUUACUCAAGAAAUUAUAGAAAUAGUAUAGUUAAAUUAUAAAUAUUCCUCUUCAGUUAAUAACUCUCUAUCGUAGCUCAUAAAUAGCCGAUAGUUUUCGGUUGCAGAGAGGUAGGAAAAGUAAACUGAACGAGACCAACGCAGUCACAGUAUUAUUUUGUUUUUCUGAAAAUAAUAAGUAAUCCCAACGAAAAUGCCCGCUUAUCACUCGACGUUGACGGACUACACCCAAUCUGUUGGCAAUCUGGCGCUCCUUCCAAUACGAACAACUUUCAGAGGUCCGGCUCCGAUCAGUCCGAAGAUUGAAUUGGAUGUUAUCGACGAAGCUCUCAACUACUUCAAAGCAAAUGUGUUUUUUAGGUUCUAUGAAAUCAAGUCUGAUGCUGACAGAGUUCUGAUUUACCUCACUCUGUACAUCUCUGAAUGCCUGAAGCGGCUCCAGAAAUGUUCAAACAAGAAUCAGGGACAACAGGAAAUGUAUAUGCUGGCCAUAUCUAAGUUUGAUAUCCCUGGGGAGUAUGGUUUUCCUCUGAACUCUGUGUAUGCUAAGCCUAGCAGUACUCAGGAAGCUGAUUUGAUGAGACAGUAUUUACAGCAGUUGAGACAUGAGACUGGUGCUCGUGUUUGUGAGAAGGUAUUUGCUACUGAAGAUGGUAAGCCAAGCAAGUGGUGGCUCUGCUUUGCCAAGAGGAAAUUCAUGGACAAGUCACUGUCAGGCCCUGGACAAUAGACAAAGCACACCAAAGUUAGCAUUUAUUUACCCUUUACACAUUUAUUACGAUGUUUGAUAAAAAACCAUUCCAAAAAAUUUUAUACUUGUCUCAAUGGUGCAUUGGUAUUUGUAAUAUUAAAUGUGCUACUUAUCUAAUAUUACUGAUGUCUAUUUAAAACACUUCUCUAUCAGCAUUUUGUUUGUAUCUGCCUAAAUAGUU